UUCUUCUUCUCCGCUGCGACUCUCUCUCUCUCCCGCCCCUUCUUUCUCUCUCACACAGCUGCAAUGGCGGCACCGCCCAGGUUACCCCCAAACCUCCUGACGGCGGCGCUGCUGUUCCAGUUCCUCUUCCUCCGCCACUCAGCUGCCGCAUCUGCCCAUCCCGACGCCGAGCCACUACUGAUUUUCAAAUCCACCGCCGACCCAAACGGCGUUGUUCUGCCCUCCUGGAACGCCUCCUCUGACCCAUGCACAUCCGGUUCCUGGGUCGGAGUCUCCUGCAUUCACAACCGGGUCGCCCGUUUGGUCCUCGAGAACCUGGACCUCCGAGGUCCCUUCUCCGCCUCCCUCACUUCCCUCACAGAGCUACGGGUCCUCAGCCUCAAGCACAACGGGUUGUCGGGUCAACUUCCGGAUCUCUCCAACCUCACAAACCUCAAGCUCCUCUUCGUCGCUCACAACCGCUUCUCCGGCGACUUCCCGCCGUCGCUCCCCUCGCUGUCGAAGCUCUACCGCCUCGAUCUGUCGUACAACAAUUUCUUCGGCCGGAUUCCCCUCGCCGUUAACCGCCUCACGCAUCUCCUUACCUUGAGCUUGGAGGAGAACUCGUUUUCCGGCCAGAUUUCCGGCUUGAAUCUCCCCAGCCUGCAGGAAUUCAACGUGUCGGGAAACAAUCAGCUAUCAGGUGAAAUUCCGGCGUCGCUUUCAGAUUUCCCAGCGUCGUCGUUUUCAAACGCCCCCAAUUUAUGUGGUCCACCAUUGGAAAAGUGCAAAUCAGCUUCCUCCGACCCGACGCAGCCACCAGGCGGCGGAGGAGGCAGCGGAGGAGGAGGAGCAAUGGCGUCGCCGGUGACGGGGAGCCAAACGCCGACCGUUUCAUCGACUCCAACCGCAAUCCCCUCGGAGACGAAACCGCCUACCAAAUCACGAAACCGUCACCGGAGCAGAAUCAGCUUAAUAGCCAUUACCGGAAUAAUAAUCGGCGACGUAAUUGUUCUAGGGUUUGUCUGUUUGCUCCUCUAUUUCUACUUCUGGAAGAAUCAUUCCAACAAAUCGACCUCCGGGAAGAGCAUCGCGUCCCAAUCGGAGAAGAUAGUGUACUCCUCGAGCCCCUACCCAAACCCUAACCCUAACCCCGCCCAAGCCCGAGGCAAAAUGGUGUUCUUCGACGGGGAGCGGCGGUUCGAGCUGGAGGAUCUGCUGCGAGCGUCGGCGGAGAUGCUGGGGAAAGGUGGAUUCGGGACGGCGUACAAGGCGGUGCUGGACGACGGCAAUGUGGUUGCUGUGAAGAGAUUGAAGGAGCUGAAUAUGAGCGGCCAUGGGAGGAGGGAGUUCGAGCAGCAAAUGGAGAUUCUGGGGAAGCUCCGGCACCCCAAUUUGGUGGGGUUCAAGGCUUACUACUACGCCAUGGAUGAGAAGCUCUUGGUCCUUGACUACAUGCCUAAUGGCAGUUUGUUCUGGCUACUUCAUGGGAACAGAGGGCCGGGAAGAACUCCACUAGACUGGACAACGAGGCUAAAGAUUGCGGCCGGAGCAGCCCGGGGGUUGGCCUUCAUUCACUCGUGCAAAUCACGUAAGCUCGUGCACGGAAACGUAAAAUCAACGAAUGUUCUCAUUGACAAAUCUGGAGACGCCAAGCUCUCCGACUAUGGACUCUCUAUGUUCGCCCCCACUUCCUCGGGGGCACCAAAAAACAACGGCUACCGCGCCCCGGAAGCAGUUUUGGACAGCCGAAAACAGAAUCAAAAGGCGGACGUGUACUCCUUUGGGGUUUUGUUACUUGAGUUGCUCACCGGAAAAUGUCCGUCAGCGGUCGAUGGUUGCGGUCUGAGCACGGGAUGCGGCGGAGCCAUUGAUCUGCUGAGGUGGGUGCAGUCGGUGGUGAGGGAGGAGUGGACGGCCGAGGUGUUCGAUUUGGAGCUUAUGAGGUACAAAGGCAUCGAGGAGGAAAUGGUGGGGCUGCUGCAGAUAGCCAUGGCGUGCACGCAGGCUGCGCCGGAGCAGCGGCCGAGGAUCAACUGUGUGGUGAAAAUGAUCGACGAGCUACGGGGAGUGGAGGCGUCGCCGUCGCUGUCGCACGAUGAUCUCGUUUCGAUCUCGGAUUCGCCGUCGGUAUCGGAGGAUACUAAUGGCUAGGUACUCUUUAAUCCUGCUUUCGUUUGUUGGAGUAAAACAUGCUCUGCAUUUGGGAUGUCCUUUUAGGGUAAAAUGUGAUCAAAUUGCAUCUGUGUUUUAUGUGUUUUUUUUUUUUUGUGGAUUAAAUUCAUUGGGAGCAAUUUGUGUUCCAUAUAUAUCUUUAUCUUAUUCUCAUGGAGCCUUUAGGUUUUGUUUGGUUGGAUAAUGUGUUUAAAGGAAUUAGAAUCUGCAAGAAAAUAUGAAUG